ACCAACAACCUCAUUUUUUAAAAUUCAAUUUCAAAUUUUCAUGAUUUUUAAAAAAAAAUGUUGCUCCUGUUAUUGUGUGCGUUUCACUCACUUUGACCUUAUGACCCCUUGUGUGUGGAUGACUGACAUCUCUUCCUCUUCCUCUUCCUCUUCCUCUCCCCAGGCCGACAUGUUGAAGCCCGGUGACCCGAGCGGCUCGGCCUUCCUGAAGGUGGACCCGUCGUACCUGCAGCACUGGCAGCAGCUCUUCCCUCAGGCUCAGCUGAAGGUUCCUCUGGUUCCUCCUCAUCAGCCGCACCAGCCCGAGCGCCUCUCCAUCCCCGUGGACGGCCUGCACCCUUCCCGUCUCCACAGCCACCUCCUGGCCUCCUCGCACUGCACCUCCACCUCUGCUUCGUCCUCCUCCUCUACGCCCUCUUCGGCGGCGGCGUCUUCUUCUUCGGCGGCUCUCACUCCAUCCUCCUCAAUUUCUGUCUCCACAGGGCUCUCCCAGUUGCCCGUAUCCCAGCAGAUCGCACUUUUCGGGCAGGCGUUGGCCCCAGUUUGUGCAGGACCCGGAGGUGGAGGAGGACCAGGAGGAGGAGGAGGAGGAGGAGGAGAUCUGGUGGUUGUCAUCCCGCCGGAGAAUCAGCCGGGUCAUCACAACCUGGCGGCGGGACUCCUGCACCAGGACAAAGAGCAGGGCUGUGGAGGGGUGGGAGUGGUGUCAUCCAGCGUGAAGAUCGGCAGGAGCAGCGGAGGAGGAGGAGGAGGAGGAGGAGGUGAUGAAGGAGGAAAGGGGGCUACAGCCAGGUUCAAGUUGACGCCGGAGGAGCUGGACUACUACCUUUACGGACAACAGAGGAUGGAGAUCAUCCCAGUGAGCACCCACACGGGGGAGAUCAACAACCGUUGCGACAUGUGUGCGGACAACAGGAACGGUGAGUGCCCGAUGCACGGUCCUCUCCACUCCCUGCGUCGACUGGUCGGCACGAGCGGCUCCGCCGCGCCGGUCACUCUGCCGGACGUCCCUGAUUGGCUGAGAGACCUGCCGAGAGAGGUUUGUCUGUGCACCAGCACGGUUCCCGGACUGGGCUACGGGAUCUGUGCGGCCCAGAGGAUUCCUCAGGGAACCUGGAUCGGACCCUUCCAGGGCGUCCCCCUGCUGCUGGACAAACUGCAGUCCGGAGCCGUGAGGAACACGCGCCACAUGUGGGAGAUCUACGACGCUGAGGGGACGUUACAGCAUUUCAUCGAUGGAAAUGAUCCCAGUAAAUCCAGCUGGAUGAGGUACAUCCGUUGUGCCCGACACUGCGGGGAGCAGAACAUGAUGGUGGUGCAGUACAGGUCCUGUAUCUUCUACAGAGCCUGCAUGGACAUCCCCAGAGGGACAGAGCUGCUGGUUUGGUACAACGACUCCUACACUUCCUUCUUCGGCAUCCCGCUCCAGUGCAUCGCGCAGGACGAAAACUUAAACGUCCCGGCCACCGUGGUGGAGAUCAUGUCCAGACAGGAGUCCUUCCAACCUUUCGGCAAGAACGGCAAACCCUCCUCCUCCUCCUCUUCCUCCUCCUCUUCCUCCUCGGCCGCCUCCACUCCCUCCACCACGCUCCUGCGGUCCAUGGUCUUCCCCCACUCCCCCUGCCCCAGGAGCUUCCCCCUGUUGGACAAGGUGGGGAUGCAGUCGGACUCGGGCUACGGCCAGUUGGGGCUGAAGAACCAGCGCGUUCUGGCGAGUCCGACCUCGACCAGCCAGCUGAGCAGCGAGUUCAGCGACUGGCACCUGUGGAAGUGCGGGCAGUGCUUCAAGACCUUCACCCAGAGAAUCCUGUUACAGAUGCACGUGUGUCCACAGAACCCUGACAGACCGUACCAGUGCGGCCACUGCUCCCAGUCCUUCUCGCAGCCGUCAGAGUUGAGGAACCACGUGGUGACGCACUCCAGCGACCGACCCUUCAAAUGUGGGUACUGCGGCCGGGCGUUCGCCGGAGCGACGACGCUCAACAACCACAUCCGCACACACACCGGAGAGAAGCCGUUCAAGUGCGAGCGUUGUGACCGCAGCUUCACACAGGCCACGCAGCUGAGUCGCCAUCAGCGACUUCCCAACGAGUGCAAACCGGUCAAUGAAAGCAGCGAGUCCAUCGAGGUGGAUUAACGUCGAGCAGCGGAGACGCAUCCACAUUACGACAGAUUAGUCUGAGGGUUCAGCGACGCGACGGUCCACGUUGUUGCAGCUCAGGCUACAGCCACACUACAGUUGUACUACAGUUAUACU